AUGAAGCUCAUAGUAGCUGGCGCGACCGGCCUAAUCGGCUCCGAACUCAUCAAACAGAGCCUACAAAACAGUGCGAUCACCCAGGUCAUCGCGUUGGCCCGAAAGCCUGUUGAGGUGGACAGCGCCAACUCGUCUAAGCUGAAGAAUGUAACGAUAAGUGACUACGGCGAGUAUUCUGACAAGGUCAAGGCCGGGCUCGCUGGGGCUGACGCGUGCAUAUGGACCGUUGGAGUGACACCUCUCAAAUCAAAGAGCCUUGACAUCGCAGAGGUCAAGCGCGUUUGCCAGGACUGUACCUUGGCGGGUUUCAAGGCCAUCUACGAGGCCGGGCCUGCACGGCCCUUCCGCUUCCUUUACUUCAGCGGUGAUGGCGUGAUGGAAGACCCAAAGGCCAAGAAGCCGCUAUUUUUAGGCGACUAUAUGAUUAUGCGCGCCGAGACAGACGCUAUUGUACGCAAGCUUCCUGAGGAAUAUAAAGACAUCGAGAUCUGCGUGGCUCGGCCCGGUCUAGUCAUGAGCUCAGUAACAUGGACAAGAGCCGCAAUGGCUUCUGUGUUUAGUGCGAUCAACUUCUUUACUCGGGCAAUUCCGAAUGUGGCCGUUGAUGAGCUUUCCGUUGCUGUGCUGGAUCAGGUUAUUGCUGGAUUUGAGAAGGAAACGCUUUCAAAUGCUGACUUGUUACGGCUUGGGCAAGCGGCCCUCGAGGCAAAACAUACUUAG